CGCUGGGCGUGAAGCCUAGCGACGAAGAGUUGGAAGAAAUGAUACGAGAGUACGAUCUGGAUCAGGACAAUCACAUCAAUUACGAGGAGUUUGUUAACAUGAUGACAAUGCGAUAAUAGCCUCCAUUAGGCGUUUUGUCGGCAUUCAGUUUAUAUUCUCUGUUUAUUGUUGUAGGAGUUCACACCAAAAAACAAAAACUCCUACACACAAAAUUAAACAAAUUACUUUUGAAACAAUGAGCAGUUUGACCGAAGCCCAGAUUGAAGAGAUCCGAGAAGCAUUCAGUCUGUAUGAUACGGGAAAGUCAGGAUGGGUUUCCGUCCGACAGCUCGGCGGAGUAAUGCGGGCCCUUGGAGAGAGUCUCACCGAGGCAGAGAUCUACGACCUGGCCAACGAAAGCGACGUGGACUUCGGUGGCCAAGUACAGUUCAAGGACUUCCUAUACGUGAUGGCCAAACGACUGGAGGAGCAGAACAGUGUGGUGUGCCUAAAGCAGGCCUUCAAGAUCUUUGAUCGCAACGAAGUGAACAGCUUUACAAUUAACGAAAUCAGAAUGGUGAUGACCAACCUGGGCGAGAAGAUGUCCGAAGAUGACUUGCGCGAGUUGUUCCAGGACAUUGAUCAGGAUAAAGAUGGAAAAAUCUCCUUUAACGAAUUUGUGGCUGCCAUGCGAAGCUAGGCAUUCGAAAUUAAAGGCACAAAUUAACCACGAACCCCUUACGAAGGAGCCCAUCCCAGUCGCGUUUUCUAUACGCCUAGACGGCACCACUUGAAAUUCCCACCAAAUUCCUUUGGGUACCUCAGCACAGCGCCAGAAAGUCGGCUGUUAAACCUUUUCCCACAAAGUCUAGUUGUGUGUGUCCAUGUGGCGUGACUCCAAAACGGUCGCAUGUGCCUAAUGGUCUCUGGGGAGUGCCAAGCAAUUCGAAAGGGUGAUGGCGAUGGGCCAGAGCAAUCAUAAAAAUAAGCCACAUUGAUUACGAUGCCAAUUUAAAUAUUUGACCAUGCACUGGACUCAGUGGUUCUCUGUUUGUCUGACCAAGUUUACAAGUGGAAUGAUUUUGGGUUCAAGUCUUAUCGCAACUAGCUCUUUAAAUUACCUUGGCACCCUUAAUACGCAUACAACAUAAAUUGUUCUUGACUCAUGUAACUACUUUAAAAGCACGCCUUGCUAAUAAAUUAAUUUUUAGUAUUGACAAAUAA